CCGAUUGGACCGUCCCGUCGGAGGGCACGCCCCACCCAGCCCACAGGAAGUCCCGCCCCCUCCCACGUGCAGCCUGGGUCCCACUGCAGACCACGCCCCCCCACGGUCCCGGAAGUCCCGCCCCAGGCCUCACCAUGGCGUUGACUUGCUGCACCGCGCGCCCGAAGUUGGUGGCCUGGAAGCCCGUGGUGCCGAAGGCUUCCAGCAGCGCGCGGUAGUCCACGCCGCGGUUGAAGUCGUAGCCCCGGACCUGGGCGCUCUCGGGCGGCAGCGCCGAGCUGUGCUUCAGCACGGCAGCCAGCGCCGCCGCGGGCGCCCCUCCUUCCAGGGGGCCCUCCAUGCGCUAAGGCCGCGGUCCUAGGUCACGGCCGCCCCCAGCCGGGCCUCCGGCGGCCCUCACACGCGCUUUUCUGCCAGAGGGCAGGAAAUGGGGCUCGGAAGGAGACCGGGGAGACGGACCGGAAGUGGCUCAGUCACAUGCUUCUCCUUGGAGUCUAGGGAGCCGCCAUGUAUUUGCGGCUGUUCCGUAAUACGGAAGCCGCGACGGAAGCCGCGACGGAAGCCGCGAGGAGUCUUUAUUCCCUGGUUUGCGUGUUCUCGGCCUCCUAGGAAUAGCUGCCUGCCUUUGCUGCCACCUGCUGGAGACCCGCCGUGUUGCGUGGUGCUUCCCCGUCCAUUUCUUUUUCCUCCGGGAGAAAGGACAGCUGCUUAGGCGUCGCCUUUGGACAGGAUUUGGGUCACCACGCAGAGUCAGAUACAGUUUCCUGCCUCUGGAUCUCACAGUGAUCCCUGCUCACGUCCCCCACGUGCUACACAACCCUCUGCUCCUCCUUCCACCGGCAGCUGCACUGUCACCUCCUCUGGGAAGCCAUCCCUGACUUUCCAGACUGGCCCAGGGAUCUCCUCUGUCAUCUCCACCAUCACUCUACCCCCAAGGGAGACUGUAAGACCCUUGAGCAUGGAUCUGCAUCUCACACAUCCCCCUAAAUGUGCGCAGGGUCCAGUCCAGAAGCCACCACCCCUAUUCGCUGACCUGGGAUGUGUGGAGACAUAUUAUGCAUUGGGCUCCGCACUGGGUGCUGUGGGUUUAGCAACAAACAGGAUGUGGUCUCUGCCCUCAUGGAGGACACAGUCUGAGAACUGACAGUGACUGGCAGUUCCAUGAGGGCAGGAUUUUGUCCGUUUCGCCUCCUGCUCUUUGAGCAGCACCAGGCACCAACUGGGACCUCGGCAAAUGUCCGGCAAAGUGGCCCUUGGCAGUGACAUCGGGCAGGCCCGCCGGGCCGUGGAGCAGCUGCGCAUGGAGGUGGGCCUGGAGCGCGUGAAGGUGAGGGCCGGGCAGGUGGAUGAGGCGGGCUCGGGGCGCACGGGUGAGCGCCCAGAUGGGACUGACAGGUGGGGGUGCGGGGGGGGGCUCCCCCAGGUGUCCAAGGCGGCCGCCGAGCUGCUGCAGUUCUGCACGGAGCAGGCCAAGAGCGACCCCUUCCUCGUGGGCAUCCCGGCCGCCACCAACCCCUUCAAGGAGAAGAGGCCCUGUGCCAUCCUGUGACCCACGGCCCCAAUAAACAAAGUGACCGUUCCUGGGGUGUGGCUGGGCCCGGGGAGGUGGGGGGUGGCCUCGCAGCAGGUGGGGGGGACAGGCUGGCGGCACUGGCCCAGGUCUCUCCCUCGCCCUCCCCUGGGGUCCCCAGCACUGACACACAUCACCCCUGCAGAGGGGUGACCCUAGAAGCAGGUCCCCCCCACACACGCACACGCACAGCAGUUAGUGUAAUGGAAACACGCCCAGGGCCGCCUCCAGCCCCAAGCACCCCGCACCCGCUCCCCAGAUCGCUUCAUGACACACACAGGGACACCCCUGUGUCCCCCCAGCCCGCACAGACCCUGGCAGAGCCCCCCAGGCUCCCCAAGCCACCAGGCCCAGCCCCCGGAACAUUCCAUCACGUUUAUUCUUUCUUGGUUCACGACUUCGCCACAGUGGAGGCGGGAACGGCGGGGACAGCCAAGUCACCACACAGACAGGGCCCGAGGGUGGAGAGCGGCUCGCCGAUGGGGCCCGGACCCCGACCUCACCCCCGAGCCCGGGCCAGCCCGGGGCCCCCUGCCCGACCACGGCCCAGACGCCCUGGCGCCCCAGGCCCCGGGCUGGGGGUGGGGGGCUGGAGCAGAGCUAGCACCAGCGUGGGGGAAACGCCCCCCGAGAACGGAGUCCUCCAAGACCAGAGUCCAGCUCCGAGACCACCCUCAGGCCUGCAGCCUCCAGACCUCCAGCGACAGGCCCCCGGAGGCGGCCACCACCAGGUUGCCCUCGGCACAGAUCUGGGGGGACAGGGACGUCAG